AUUAUCUUUCAGCUCCGUGAAAAAGUUGCCCCUGGCGCCACGACUGACAGAAGCACUGUCUUGGCGAGUGUAAUUGCUGCUUGCAGAAGGCUGUUCUGCCAGCCUCCCAAAGGAUUUGAGAAAUAUUUUCCCAAUGGGAAGAAAACAAAUGGAACUAAAGGUUCGGCUGCAGAAACAAAAGAAGCAAAUCAGGCUAGUGCACGACAGCCUUCUGGGAGUAGCAGUGGAGGAGGUGGCAGCGGUGGAAAAAAAGGCGGCAAGAAAGAAGACACUAACUGGUGGACCAGGUUACAGAAGGGUGACAUUCCGUGGGAUGUCAAAGAGUUCCGCAUGUACGUUGUGGGAAGCUCGUUUUUCUGGACCAUGGUCGUAUACUACUUCUUCUUCAGGGUCCCUGGGAGAGAAAUCACCUGGAAAGACUUUGUCAAUAACUACCUUUCUAAAGGAAUGGUGGACAGGCUUGAAGUGGUAAACAAGCGCUUUGUUCGAGUGAUCUUUGUUCCAGGAAAAUCUCCUCACGACUGGCAGUAYGUCUGGUUUAACAUCGGCAGCGUGGAUACUUUUGAACGGAAUCUUGAAACUGUGCAGCAAGAUCUGGGCAUAGAAGUGGAGAACAGAUUACCUGUAGUCUACUCAACAGAAAGUGAUGGAUCCUUUCUCCUAAGUUUGCUGCCUACGAUCCUGAUCAUUGGCUCUCUGCUGUACACGUUGAGAAGAGGCCCUGCCGGCUUAGGUCGAGCAGGACGGGGCAUGGGAGGCCUCUUCAGUGUGGGUGAAACCACAGCUAAAGUUCUUAAGGAUGAGAUAGAUGUGAAAUUCAAAGACGUAGCUGGCUGUGAGGAGGCCAAGCUAGAGAUAAUGGAGUUUGUAAACUUCCUGAAAAAUCCCAAGCAAUACGAGGAUCUGGGAGCAAAAAUUCCCAAGGGGGCCAUUCUGACAGGUCCUCCUGGCACUGGGAAGACACUCCUGGCUAAAGCCACGGCGGGAGAGGCCAACGUACCGUUCAUCACAGUCAACGGCUCGGAGUUCCUGGAGAUGUUUGUUGGUGUGGGUCCAGCUCGAGUCCGGGAUCUGUUCUCGCUUGCUCGGAAAAAUGCCCCUUGCAUCCUCUUCAUCGAUGAGAUCGAUGCCGUGGGGAGGAAGAGAGGAAGGGGCAACUUUGGAGGGCAAAGUGAGCAGGAAAACACUCUCAAUCAGCUGCUCGUGGAAAUGGAUGGAUUUAACACAACCACAAAUGUAGUCAUAUUGGCAGGGACUAAUAGGCCUGAUAUUUUAGAUCCUGCUCUGAUGAGGCCAGGACGCUUUGAUAGACAGAUUUACAUUGGACCCCCAGAUAUAAAAGGAAGAGCAUCUAUUUUUAAAGUCCACCUUAGACCUCUGAAAUUAGAUGCAGUCUUAAACAAAGACAGCCUAGCAAGAAAACUUGCUUCACUGACGCCCGGAUUUUCUGGUGCUGAUAUUGCUAAUGUUUGUAACGAAGCUGCUUUAAUUGCUGCAAGGCAUCUCUCGGAUGCUAUCAACCAAAAGCAUUUUGAGCAAGCCAUUGAAAGAGUUAUUGGAGGUUUGGAAAAGAAAACUCAGGUACUGCAGCCAGAGGAGAAGAAGACCGUGGCGUACCAUGAGGCAGGGCACGCAGUAGCAGGGUGGUUUUUGGAACACGCCGACCCACUCCUAAAGGUGUCUAUUAUCCCCCGUGGCAAAGGCCUGGGUUACGCUCAGUAUUUACCCAAGGAGCAGUAUCUUUACACCAAAGAGCAGCUGCUCGACAGAAUGUGCAUGACUCUGGGAGGACGCGUGUCCGAGCAGAUCUUCUUUGGGAAAAUUACCACUGGAGCCCAGGACGACUUGAAGAAGGUGACGCAGAGUGCGUACGCUCAGAUAGUUCAGUUUGGUAUGAAUGAAAAAGUGGGGCAGCUCUCCUUUGAUCUGCCCCGCCAAGGCGACAUGGUGCUGGAGAAGCCCUACAGCGAGGCCACGGCGCGGCUCAUCGACGAGGAGGUGCGCGCCCUCAUUAACGCCGCCUACGACCGGACGCUCGCUCUGCUGCGUGACAAGAAGGAGCAGGUGGAGAAGGUCGCUCUGCGGCUGCUGGAGAAGGAAGUGCUCGACAAGAGUGACAUGCUGGACCUGCUCGGCCCGAGGCCCUUUGCAGAAAAGUCGACGUACGAAGAAUUCGUCGAGGGUACGGGAAGCCUGGAGGAAGAUACCUCCCUGCCAGAGGGCCUUAAAGACUGGAACAAAGAUCGUGAGAAAGAGAAGGAGGAGACGAUAGACGAGCAAGUCGCCAGGCAGAUCAGAGGGGUGCCCUUUUAGCACAGAGCGUGUGGUCGUGGUAACUCGCAGUCUGGAACUCGCCUCGCUUGUUCCUCCACAACGAAAAAGAUAUUUAUUCAACCAAACUGUAUURGGGAUGGGUGGGAGAGUGAUACCUUGUGAUGAGACGAGGCUGUUCUGCUCCCAGUUGGUGUGUGAGCUCAUCAGCUCCCUGGUAAAGGAGGAUCGUCUUUGGUUUGCCAGCUGAAGGCACACAGUGGGUUUGAGCUGCAGUGCAAUGCCAGAACUGAACCUCUCAAACUUGGAAAUAGCUCRGAUUUCGUGCACAAAAGUAGUGGCGCUGGCCUCUCUUUUUAAUAAGUAAUCURAUAAAAAUUAAAGUUCUGUGAUUAUUGAUCUAAAACAAAACUGUAUGUGACAUGUUCUAAAGAGRGGGAAAAAAUCAUACAAAGUGCAUUGGUGAAUGCUUAGCCAAAAGUCUGGUCUAAGUGAAAAAGUACUAGCUUUGCGGAAAUACCAGCUCUACCCUGCCCCCUCAUUUUGGUUUUUAAAAGUCUGUUUACAAAGAACUGCCAUCAAACAUGAUAGUGAAAUUGGAUACCCCCUUAAAUWUCUUAAAGUCAUGGUUCAGUGUCUUAAAUUAAGUAUGAAACUGAAUUUGGCUCCUGCA